ACGCACCACCACAAAUAUCCACAAUUUUCAUAGUUUUUAACUACUUGUUAUCACGAGUCACCUUGCGUUUUAAUUGCGGACAACGCAAAAUUCUUAUCAGGGCAAAAGUACUAAAAUGUGUAGCGUGUGCCUGAACUUGACUUGAAGAUGGUAAAUUUGUCAAAUUUACUGUUAUCAGAAUUAACAUGCCGGAAAAUUUUAUACGUUGUUUUGGCUUUCGGAUUUAUGACACAUUCAAUGAUUAGUUCGGCUUUCAGCAUUGCCAUAGUUGCGAUGUUUGAAGAGGAUGGUACUUCGAUUAAUUUGAAUGUGGAUGAGAAGCACGAGGUUUUGGGCAUUUUUUUCCUAGGAUAUGUGAUUACGAAAAUACCAAGUGGAAGAUUGGCUGACACAUUUGGGGCAAGAAAAGUAGUCGGGUUUAGUACCAUCCUGGCUGCUCUUUUAACUCUCGCAACUCCUUUUAUUGUACAGUGGGAUUAUUACGCACUUUUGGGCACAAGACUGAUGACUGGGGUGUUAGAAGGGUGCAUAUUUCCAUGUUUACUACCCAUCACAGCCAAUUGGUACUCCACUACACCGUCUUCGAAAUUUUUGUCAAGUAUGGAAGCCUCUGCCUUUGGUGUAGGUUUCACUUUUCUAAUUGGUGGAUACCUUAUUGAUGUGUGUGGCUGGGCUAGUAUUUUUUACUUUGUCGGAAGUGUAACACUGAUGUGGGUCGGGGUUUGGUUCUACUUGGUGUACGACAGUCCGAAUGAACAUCCUAGAAUAACUCCCGACGAAAGAAUUCAAAUUGGGCGAGAGAUUGCAAAUUUUGAAAUAAAAAAGUAUAGUUUAUUUGAAAUUCCAUGGAAAGGCAUUCUCACUUCUGGCCCAGUCUGGGCUAUAGUCAUAGCUCAAGUGGCAAAUUUUUACCUUUAUGCCAUUUUAACCAAUGAGGUACCAACUUAUCUAAGUGAAGUCUUGCAAUACGACAUUACCGAAGUCGGGUUAUUUGCAAGUUUACCGCCUUUAGGCAAAUAUUUCGUAACGAUACUUUUUGGAAACUUAGCCGAUUAUUCGCUAAGCUCUGGGAAAUUGUCAGUUGGUGCAACGAGAAAAAUCUUUGAAGCUUUAGGAUUGCUGGUUCCCGCCGGUUGUCUGGCAAUUCAAGCAAUCUUUGGACACAGUUUAGCUGUGUCUUUAUUGACUUUAAUGAGUGCAAAAUUGUUUAAUGGAGCUAUUGUUGGUGGUCACUUUCCAAGCAUAGUAGAAGUUGCUCCAAACUUUUCAGGAUUUGUGUCAGGGUGGGUUUUUACUUUUGGCGCAAUCGCAGCGUAUUCAUCGGCGAAAAUUACCGCCCUUUUACUUCAAAAUGGACACACUUUUGACGAGUGGAAGUACACUUUUUGGAUCACGGCCGGAAUUUGCCUCAUCGGAUUCGGCUUUUAUUCAAUAUUUUGUUCAACAAAACCAGCAAAAUGGAAUUCUUGUUAGAAAUGUUGUAAUAAAUAAAAAAUUACCUAAAUUCUAAA